AGUCAGUCGCGUCAGGUUUUCCUGUUCUUUCUGUAUAUUCUGAAAAUUCCCAUCUUUCGGUAAUAUCUAAUCAUUCUUCCGCUAUAUUACGUGCGUGAUAUUGAUUGCGAGCGUUGACAAUAUGAAAUUCAGUGAAAACAAAAUUUAAUUCUGAAAUAGGAGUCGUGACUAAAAAUAGAUCAUUGCUCGAUACGUAGGGUAAUUUAGUGAGAGCUUUCCAUUCAUAAAUUACAUUCAUUUCGCGUUCGGCAUUGAGGUAAAACACUUCUCAGAUCUCGUGUUGUCGGUGACCGGAUAUAGGCAAUUUUGACAGCGGCUAAUUGACAAGAACCGCAACCCGGUUCAGUACGUGACAAGUUUCAGGAACUAGGAACAGCAAUGGCGACGGAGGGUGGCUUGGCGCCGGGCGGUGAUGACAUGCCCGUGGGCGGACCAAAGACGCCCCAGCAGAUUGCCGCCCAACGUCGCUUGCAACAAACCCAAGCUCAAGUCGAUGAGGUCGUUGAUAUAAUGAAAACAAACGUGGAAAAAGUUCUGGAGCGCGAUCAAAAGCUCUCCGAACUUGACGACAGAGCAGAUGCACUACAACAAGGCGCUUCACAAUUUGAACAGCAAGCCGGCAAGCUUAAGAGCAAAUUCUGGCUGCAGAACUUAAAGAUGAUGAUCAUCGCAGCCGUGAUUGGAAUCAUCAUUCUGGCUCUAAUCAUUGCCAACUUUGUGUGAACACAUUUCGGUAACCGCAGUAUAUUAUAGAAGUUAUUGUUAUAAUGUUAAUACCUAGUAUAUAACGUAUGUUGUUUUUAAUCGUUACGUUAUUGGUAUUAAGCCUUUGUUGGUCUGUAAACAUCUUGUGUGAAGGAUUUCAUGUAUGAUGGCACGAAUGCUGACUUCAUCAUCAAGACCUUUAUUUAGUAUAGUUUCCUUAUAACUUAUCACUAUAAUUAUAAUAUCGAUGUAUAUUUUAUCAGUAUAUUAAAUACCUCCGUAUAUAGUAUUUAAACAUAUUUAAAAAUGUAUUAUUGGUAUUUCGAAAAUCACGCGUCUUAGACACAUUUCGUUUACCUAAAUCACAUUUAAAACACUGAUAAUAUAGUGUAUUUUUAGAUGAUCUUUUUUUGUUAAGAAAAAGAUACUUACCUAUUUUCUACCUAUUAGAUAAGAAUUUAUUGAAAAUAUGUGAUCCUAUCAGAAAGUUUUUUUUUAAUUAUAUCAAACAAACUCUUUGGUUUAUAUAACAAUACUUUUUCUAGCCUUACUAUUUUUAAAUGUAUUUAUUUUAUUUUUUUUAAUAAUUUAAUUGUUUAAUGCAGGUUGUUGCGUGGUUGAAAAGUGUGUUGAGGCUUUUUGAAAUAAAUACUUUAACUUUAUACUAUUUCUGCUUGAAGUAAGUUUUAGCUUUUACAGUUCUUUCAACUGUGUUGCUUCCUCUAGUUAAAAGUGUUCUAAAACUUUUUGAAUGAUAUUACUUUGAAUAUUUUUCAUUUUUAUACAACAUUACUGUGACCAGUUUAAAAUUCAAUUAACGUAAGUUCCAUUUCGAACCAUUUUUGAUAUAAGGAUUUAUUUUUAUUAUUUCAAGUAUCCUCUUUGAGUUUGAAAUACAGUCACUGAAUAUUGUUUAUUCCAGUAACUUAGAUUUAAUCUAGCUUAAGUACUUUAGACUUCUACAUUGUGUUUUAAAAUUAUAUAAUGCGUUUUAAAAGUAUAUAAUCGUUUGCAUUUACAUUAAUCUAAAAAUAUUCGAAAUUAUUACAAGUAUUCAAAUUAAAUAAAAAGCUUCGUAGUCAGUUAGAAACUAUAAACAUUCAUAUUUAGGCGUUUGAAAACAAUUUAGAUUAAUUAAUCACGUAUAUCGAUGUGAUUGUGUUAAUAGUUCGGAUUUUGUCAGUAUCGUAUGCAAUAUAUCGUUAAAAGUAUUUAAAUUGAUUUGAUCAAGUAAAAUAUAUUUAGAUAUUUGUGUAUAGGCCGUAUGAUGCUGGACUUUAAAAAAUAUGCCAUAAAAUUUAAGGCUGAGCCACGUUGAGCAGAAUGUGCUUUUUCCUUGGAAAAAAGCACUCUGUUCCGUUCUUUCAUUUUUUGGCAUAGUUUUUAUAUUCCGUAUAUAAAGAUUAUGGUUCUUUGUGCUUUUACAUAAGCACUUCGUUGUUAAAAUCUUAGGAAGGUGUUUGUAAAUAAUCGUAGCAAAGAACUUCAAUUUUGAAAUGUGUUCUUUGGGUACCGAUGACAUUGACACUUCAUGGUAAAUAGCCAAAGUUACUGUAUAACCAAUGCUACUCACAUCAAAUAUAAUUAAUUCAUUCUUUGUAACUUUUAUGAAUAAAUUUUGAGAACGAAACGGACACAUUUCAAAAUUUGAGGUUUUAUUUCACUGUAAGGUAAAAAACAAAUACACCAGUCUUUAAUAUAGGAUUAGUGUUAUUAACGUAACUUAUUAUAGAAUGACAGUAAUCUUCACUUCUCACUGAUGUGGCUUUAUUUAGCACCUAAUUAUAUUAUGUGUUUGAUUUUGUUACCUUUAAAUUUCAACAUAAUCUCAAACAUGUAAAGCUGACACAAAUAAACCGUUCGUAUCAAAUCGGAACGCAUUUCAACCAUCAUAUAGUACUCCAAAGAAAACAGCCAUACCAAACACCAAAUAAAAAUGACAGACAAUAUAUUGUAUGAAAUAUUUUAACGAUAUAUCUAAUAAUACCAACCAAGAAACUCGAUUACAGCAUUAGGAACAACGGGCGAAAGUCCCAGAUCAAAAUUCCACAGUAAUUCAUAUAAGCAAAUGACUUAUAAAUGUUAAGUACUUCAUAUUCCGGCGUCUAGAAAUGAAAGUUUUAUAGCAUAAAUAAUUAGUUUUUUUUUGUUUUGCAUUAUUGCCACGCAUAUAAUCUUAAAAGCGUAUGUAGCUAAAUCAGCGUGUGUUUUAGAUUUGCAUUUGAUUUAGGCUGUAGUUAUUUAAGUAUAUUUAUUAUAGCUAGUUAUUUAAGGCUGUUUCACGCAUCAUAUAACCAAGCCUAACAAGUUAAACGACAAGAUCGCGUACAGCCUAAUAUUGAAUAUCUAUACUUGUUAUGUAUUUUGUUUUAUGAUGCCUGGAAUAAACUUACUUACAAACGAAAAAUGUCCGAAGUUGCGAAUUUUAGCUUAGCAUAGACACAUUGCGAUAAGGUGUGUCGUAAAUAUCUAGUUUUAAACAGCAUUUUAGUAGGUAAUAAUGUAUGUAUUAAAUGUUUAUAAAGGUCUGUAAAGGAAAUUUAAAAAUAAAACAUUUUCAAAUUCCAUAGCUAUUAACUACAUUAUCGCUGAAACUCCGUGAUAUCCGAGUAACAGUAUUCUUCGUUCAAAAUGUUUGUAGUUUAUAAAAUGUUCUUAAUGUUAAACUUGUGAAACUUAUAUCGAUUAGAUUUAAGUAAUGAUAUCACUGUAAUCACAUCAUGAAAUAAAAGUUUAAUUAAAGGUUUUACUAAAAUAUUGAAUGUACCAAAUUAUUGUAUUACUGCUUCACUGAAAUAAAGCAAAUUUA